UUGUAAUGACAAUCUGCAACUUUAAUAGAAACCCAUACAUCAGAAACCUAGCUGACUAAUAUCACCUAUUAAGCUUGAAAUACUUGACAAUUUGCAGCUUUUCAAUAGAAUGCAAGCAGUUCAUUUUUGUCACCUUAUCAAUCAGUACCUACUCUACUGCAAUGGAUGUAUUUGGCCUGAACUACACUCUUGCUGAAGAUGUAAACGGUCCUUUGCUAGCUGUUGUACUCACACUGGAACUGAUAGCAGCAUUAGUGACCAAUACUAUUGUUUUGGCUGCCACUCUCUCUCAACAGAAGUCCUUAAAGUUACCAUCAACAAUCCUCUUCACUUCACUGAUUAUGAUACAUUACGUAAUGGCCUUCAUAUACAUACUGUCCUGGCUCAUAUCAGUAAUAAGUGGAGGAUGGAUAUUUGGAACAUCAGAAGAAGAAAAAGAAGCAACUUGCAAUGCUGCUGGAUUCGUGGUUUGCUACAGUCUAAGUGUUAUCAAUGCUACACUGACUGCAAUAUCUGUUGAUCGGUGGCUAUUCAUUGUCAAGCCCAACUUUUAUAAGCAAUACAUGAAACCCAAGGUAACUCUGGUCCUGGUACUUAGCAUAUGGAUAUUCUCUGGGCUAACUUUUAUAACAACAUUUUUUGGAAUAGGAGGAUUUGUCUUUACGACUUUGGGAUCAUGUGGACCAAAAUUCAAAGAUGAAACUGGCUUUACCAUUUUAUUAUUGGCAAUCUUUUUCCCAGAAAUAAGCAUUGUCAUAGUCACAUCAGUUUGGACAUAUUGCUUUACAAAGAAAUUCAUUCGGGAACAUGCUCAGCUAGCAGAAAACAAUGUAUAUGUGUCAAAAAAUAGAAGGCUAACUGGAAUAUUUGGAUUAAUGCUGAUAGCAUAUGUGAUAUGCUAUGUUCCUUCUCUCAUUCCUAUUAUACUAAAUCAGUUUCAUGAUGUGCCAGCAAUGUGGAUUGCUUUUGGUUUGGUAUGCAUUUUGGCAAUGACAUUCAUCAAUCCAAUUAUCCAGUCUUUUUUCAGAAGAGAAGUCAAAGAAGAAAUAAAGAAAUUCUGCAAUAUUAUCAAGUGCUGCCCACACAGAUCCAAUGCAAUAAUGGCUGGAUAAUGUAAUCUAUCAUAAAUUCUGUUAUUGUUGAAGACAAGUAUAGCUCAUGCAUGUUUUACAGUGUACUGUCACAAAUAAUUUUAAUUGA